AUGUCUAAUCAGUCGAUCCUCGCGCCUGGCAUCGUCUUCACCAACGGCCUCAAUGGCACCCGAGCCCAGCUGUCGUACCCCAACACGGCGACCCUGACUGUCCAGGGAACCCCGAACCCUCCUCCACAACCCCCACGAAUGGAAACCCCGCGAAUGGGCUGCCCCAUCUACCCUAAUGUUAGUGGUCCCAACUCGGGAAGCGGUGAAGGUUCCUGGUUCUAG